AUGGCAAAGGGCGUUGGAGUAGCGGAGCAUGGAUCAUUCACGGCAAAGGACUACCACGAUCCACCACCAGCUCGGCUGAUUGACGCGACGGAGCUUACAAAGUGGUCAUUUUACAGAGCUGUUAUAGCUGAGUUUAUAGCCACCUUGCUCUUCCUUUACAUUACGGUUUUGACUGUGAUUGGGUACAAGAGCCAGAUUGAUACCACCGCCGGCCACGGCGGUGAUCAGUGCGGUGGCGUUGGAAUUCUUGGUAUUGCAUGGGCCUUUGGUGGAAUGAUCUUCGUUCUUGUCUACUGCACCGCUGGAAUUUCAGGAGGACAUAUUAACCCAGCAGUGACAUUCGGGCUUUUCUUGGCCCGAAAGGUGUCACUGAUUAGAGCCAUUAUGUACAUGGUGGCUCAGUGUUUGGGGGCAAUUUGCGGUGUCGGGCUGGUGAAGGUUUUCCAGAAAUCAUAUUACAAGAAAUAUGGUGGUGGCGCCAAUGGACUCGCCGACGGCUACAGCACCGGCGUCGGAUUAUCUGCGGAGAUAAUCGGAACAUUCGUCCUUGUUUACACAGUUUUCUCUGCCACUGAUCCCAAAAGAAGUGCCAGGGAUUCCCAUGUUCCUGUAUUGGCACCUCUUCCAAUUGGAUUUGCAGUUUUCAUGGUUCACUUGGCCACCAUCCCCAUCACUGGUACUGGUAUCAACCCUGCUAGGAGUUUAGGGGCUGCAGUGAUCUACAACCAGGAAAAGGCUUGGGAUGACCAGUGGAUCUUCUGGCUUGGACCCUUCAUUGGUGCAGCUAUUGCAGCCUUCUAUCACCAGUUUAUUUUGAGAGCAGGAGCAGUUAAAGCCCUUGGUUCAUUCAGAAGCAGCUCCCAUGUUUAA